GGACCUACUACUUCGCCCUUUUGGUGUGCGCCAUUGGAUCGAAUUGCUGCACCACUUCACCGGCUUCGCUCUUCAUACCAACGCGACGGAAGGUAAGCCACGACAAAUGCCAAUAUGUUGUUCUUCAGUUUCUUCAAAACCCUCAUCGACAACGAGGUAACCGUGGAGCUCAAGAACGAUAUUCAGAUCCGCGGCACCCUCAAGAGCGUCGACCAGUACCUCAAUAUCAAGCUCGACGACAUCCGGGUCGUCGAUGACAUCAAGUACCCCCAUCUGAGCUCCGUCAAGAAUGUCUUCAUCCGUGGCUCCGUUGUCAGAUAUGUGCACCUUCCCCAUAACGCCGUGGACGUGACAUUACUGGAGGACGCUACUCGGAGAGAAGCCGCGAACCAGGCUCAGAAGGCGAAGUGAUGGGACUGCUGGCAGGAAUCGGGACGAAAGCAACCACAAGAUCAGCCUCCAACCUUUGUUAGCCGGGGGCUUGGUCGUGAUGGCGGGUCAUGCUGGGCACGAGAAUAGAUGCCAUUGAAAAGCAAUUGACACGUGAAGCUUUAUCUAGAAAGCCCUCAUACGCACGAUCAAGCAUCAUCACUACACGGGAGAACUCGAGGAGAAUAAAAAACACGGUAUCCAGAUCCUUAAUAUUGUGACAUCAUUCCAGCAUGGAACAAACAGACUUA